GUCGAGUUUAGUUCUGUUUGGAGGUCCAAUACCGCAACACGUACCAUUUCGAUUCGUGAUGGCUCCACUUCCGGUGUGCCUGCUGCUCCUGGUGGUGGCGACUGGCUUUGGCCACGCCUACGAGGCACCUGAGGCUCAGGUGCGCGUGUUCUAUCCCCGGGGAUUCGAGGUCUCCAUUCCGGAUGCGGAGGGUAUAUCGCUGUUUGCCUUCCAUGGCAAGCUAAACGAGGAGUUCGACGGCCUGGAGGCUGGGCAAUGGGCAAGGGACAUUCCGAAAGCCAAGCGCGGACGCUGGACGUUCCGGGAUCGAGAGACAAGGCUCAACCAUGGCGAUACCCUAUACUUCUGGACCUAUGUGGUCUACAACGGGCUGGGUUAUCGACAGGAUGAAGGAGCUCAUGUGGUCACCAGUUACGAGAAUCCAAAGAAAUAGAACAAAUAGUUUGGAGCCAAGCUUAAAGCUCGUCUUGAACCACUGUUUAUAGAGCUCACUUUCGAUUCUUAAUCUUUUUGUUUACUACACAAUGAAAAGUACUACAAAUGAAAUAGAAUCGUCGCAAGAUAAUGGGGCUAUUACGCUUGUAUUUACCAAAUCAAAAUGUUAUACAUAAACAUAAAAUAGUGUUUAAUACGAAAUUGAUAUGUUCAUUAAUCAACAAAUUUAAGAUAAUAUUUAUCGCUUUAGCCAUGCAUUUUAACGAUGAAGCAAAAAGGAAUCAAGUCAAUUGAUAUUUAAAUCAAAGGAAUGUAAAUUCAUAUUUUAUCCACUCAGCGCUUUUCAUUGUGGCUGUGACGUAUUUAAUUAUUUUCGUUAGUAAAAACACUUUUAUCCAAUGCAAAUUUAUGCACUUUUAAACGCUGUAAUUAAUCAUAAAUAAAAUGCGAGGCCUUAAUGGCCAAAUGGAACGCAGGGCACAGCAAUGCGAUGGCCUGAAAAUUGCGUAAAAUGAAGCUCGCUCUCAAACCAA